UAGUAUAUGAAGGCCAAGACAAGAACCCAGAAAUGUGCCGAGUUCUGCUCACGCAUGAAAUAAUGUGCAGCCGCUGUUGUGACAAGAAAAGCUGUGGCAACAGAAAUGAGACUCCAUCAGAUCCAGUGAUAAUUGACAGGUUCUUCUUGAAAUUUUUCCUCAAAUGUAACCAAAAUUGCCUAAAAAAUGCAGGAAACCCUCGAGACAUGCGUCGAUUCCAGGUUGUGGUAUCUACAACAGUCAAUGUUGAUGGCCAUGUGUUGGCAGUGUCAGACAACAUGUUUGUACACAACAAUUCCAAGCACGGGCGGAGAGCUCGAAGACUCGAUCCCUCGGAAGGUACGCCUUCUUAUCUGGAACAUGCAGCUACACCAUGUAUCAAAGCCAUCAGUCCAAGUGAAGGAUGGACUACAGGAGGUGCCACUGUCAUCAUCAUAGGAGACAAUUUCUUUGAUGGGUUACAGGUCAUAUUCGGCACCAUGCUGGUUUGGAGUGAGCUGAUUACUCCUCAUGCCAUCCGCGUACAGACGCCUCCCCGACAUAUCCCAGGGGUUGUAGAAGUCACAUUGUCCUACAAGUCUAAGCAGUUUUGUAAGGGAACGCCUGGAAGAUUCAUUUACACAGCUCUGAACGAACCCACCAUUGACUAUGGUUUCCAAAGGUUACAGAAGGUUAUCCCCCGGCACCCUGGUGACCCCGAACGCUUGCCAAAGGAAGUAAUACUUAAGAGGGCUGCUGAUUUAGUAGAAGCACUCUAUGGUAUGCCACAUAAUAACCAGGAAAUAAUCCUGAAAAGAGCAGCAGACAUCGCAGAAGCACUCUACAGUGUCCCCCGCAAUCACAACCAGCUCCCCGCCCUUGCUAACACGUCAGUCCAUGCAGGAAUGAUGGGAGUGAAUUCCUUUAGUGGUCAACUAGCUGUCAAUGUUUCUGAAGCCUCACAAGCCACCAAUCAGGGUUUUACUCGCAACUCAAGCAGCGUGUCACCUCAUGGCUAUGUGCCAAGCACCACCCCUCAGCAGACAAAUUAUAACUCUGUCACAACAAGCAUGAAUGGCUAUGGGAAUGCUGGAAUGUCAAAUUUAGGCGGUUCUCCAACCUUUCUGAAUGGAUCUGCUGCCAAUUCUCCCUAUGCCAUUGUGCCAUCAAGUCCGACAAUGGCCUCCUCCACUAGCCUCCCCUCAAACUGUAGCAGUUCCUCUGGGAUUUUCUCCUUCUCACCAGCCAACAUGGUCUCAGCGGUGAAACAGAAGAGUGCUUUUGCACCUGUCGUGAGACCGCAAACUUCUCCUCCUCCCACCUGCACCAGCACCAACGGCAAUAGCCUGCAAGCUAUAUCUGGCAUGAUUGUUCCCCCCAUGUGAAAGAAUUGCCUUGAAGAAUUUUAUUAAUGAAGAGGUUGAAUUCUGCUUCAGAGAGAAUCUGAUACAAGUCCCAGAGUGGAACUUUUUACUCAGGCCUUUUUAAAAAUAAAAAAGAAAUAAAGAAGAAUCUUACAAUAACUGCGGAUUUUUAAACAAAACAAAAAUCACCAUCCUUGCAAACACUGAAAUUAACAAUCUACAGUUGCAAGGUGUUGAUUCAAGUUGUCCAUCCCAAAUACCUGGGAGAUAUAUUUAUUGUAUGUUGGUAAAAAAAAUCCACUUUUUUUUUUUUUGCGGGGGUGGGGGCUUGCUUUUUUUUCCUUCUAUUUUUUGUGGUUUUUUAAGGCUUGAUUUAACUCCACACCAUUUGUCUUUUAUAAAUCAUACAAUUACACAAGGGCUAGAGAUGGAACUCCACAUUUUUAAUUUAUUAUUUUUUUAAAGCUGUGUAAAGAAAAAAGAAGUGGUGCCAUUUAAAUACAAGUCUGUAUGGGACAGAAUAGAAGUGCCAGUUAGUUUUUUGUAGAAGAAUUAUGGCCAUUUAAUUAAGGGUCGGCUCAUACAGGUUGCUUAUCCAGUGGUGACUAGGUAAUAUGGUGCAUUUUUAAUGUUCUAAUUAAAUAGAUAUCACUCCCUAGAAAGCUGAUAUUUUUGGAUGGCAAGGGCGGGAUGAGGGGUGGGAUUAGUAACCUCUGUCUUUAGUAUCAGGCUAAAUAAUUGUGUAAAUAAUACAAUGAGAAAAGUUGGUGAAAGCAAAGGUAAGGAUGCAAAUAACACAUUUCCUCUUGAACUGAAAAUCCAGUGCCUCUAGAUGUAACGCUAAAACUGCAGAAUGAGAUGAGCAUGGCCCUCUCAUGAGCUUGUCUAUCAGACUCUUUCCAAAUGAGUGGCCUUCUUGAAGUUUAGUGUCACCUGAGCUGUGCAUAAAAUGCCGUUUGGAUUUUGCAUAGCUGUCUAACGGCACAGCCUGCGGCCGUCACACGUGGGGCGUUUUCGGCGUAGCCCCUCUCCCCUUGAUCUAUUUGUUUUUGUGGGGCAGAAUGAGAACAGACUCGUCUGCGGUUCUGCAGCCUCACAAUCUAAAAGCACACGUUUUCGUCAGCCUCCCACUAGGAUUGUUCCUGUAUCAGUCGACCCUCUCAGUUUGUAUCAUAAUAUAUUAAGCAACAGGUAACUGCUUUUGAAUAGUAAAUGGAAACAUGAGUUUGGGGGGUGGGGGGUGGGGCCGAUAGGAAGGUUUCAAAUCAAAACCAUAGCUUCUGUUUUACAAAAGUUUUGCUAUCAUUAUCUGGGAAGUGUUCUUAAAAACUAUUAGUCAAAGAGGCAGCAAAGCUCUGAAGAUGCAUUACCUGAUAUUUUUUCUUUGCUGUUGUGUUUUGUAUGUAGUUAUAAAUACUGUAGAUUUUUUGUGAUUUUUUGCCAAAGUUGUUGUUCUAUUUAUACAUUUUAAUGUCUUAAGACAGUUUUUCAAUAUCACAAAAAAAGAAUUUUACUGCAUAUUUUGCAAAAAGAGCUCACUACCUUUAGCUUGCACAUACUUGCAAAAUUAAUUAAAGAAAAAAAAAGCUUUUUGUUUCUGUUUUUUGUUUGUUUGUUUUAAAGGGGAUUUUGUAAAAUAUCCAUAUAAAUAAUGUAUUUAUCUUUGGAAUUUGUACAUUGCUUUUUUUCCCCUACCAAUUUUAUUUUAUUGUGUAUGUUUGCUAUGUGAAAAGUGCUGAUUUGUUUGGUCAAUGACCGUUGUAUUAGCUGUUUAAAUGUGAUUUUAAAACAUUUCAUUUAUAGGGUUUUUUUUAGUAUUGUUUAAAACCAUGCUUCCAUUUUUUUUAAUUUCCACCCAAAAGCCAUUGUCUAUUUUUGUAUUAUUUGUAAGUUAAGAAGUUUUUUCCAAUAUAUGGCAAAAAGUAGCAUAUUAUUCUUGUAGCAUUUAGUUAUGUAGAUUUUAAAAAAAAUGUAUCCUUUGCUUUUGAGGCUUAACAAAAACUAAUGCUGUUUUACUCUAUUAAUAUGCAUGGGAUUUCUCCUCUUUGGAGUGACGCAUUUUUGUGCAUUAAAUAUGGGGAGAAACUUCAUAGGACUCAAUGAAAAUACUUUCUUUCUUAAGUCUGCUUGUAUAUUUCUCUGUCUUUCACAUAAAUAUAAACCAGCAGAUUGGAUGCCUUAACAAUGCAAAUCAUAUUCAUUUCACUUGUACAUUGUACUGUGCACCAGAACUGUCAAUCAUCACUAACAUUCUAAGAAAAAAAAAAAGGAAUUGAAAAGCACAAAAGAACUGUUUUGUUACCUUAAAACAAUAUAACUUUUUUCUAGUCGAGCAAGAAAUCAUUUACAACGAUGCUGCAACUGUGCAUGCUUCCUGUAUGAAUUUUGCAAUGGUUUUCACUAGAAUGUCACAGUGUGAUCUUUGGGGGGAAGGGAAGAAAACAGGAUUUUUUUUUUUCGUGGUGAGAAAAUAAAAGAAGAGAAAACUGGAAAAUGUGAGAGACAUCAGUUUAUUGCUUCUCUGUAUUCCAAGCGAUUAUUCUAAUUCACAUAGUAAGCAACAGCACGACAAUGUAAUCAAAUUUAAAGCCAUAUUUUGUCCAGUGACACCAUCAAUUACUCUUGCAGAGCUCCACUCAAAGUCAUAGCGAUUUUGACACCAGUGUUAGCCAUCGAUGUUUGUAGUCUUCUACGCCAGUGUCCAAAGAUCCUUUGACAAUGUGCAUAAUUUUGUUUUGUUGCAGCUAUUUAUAGUGAUCUGAUGAAUGGGAAUUUAUAAAAAUCUCCCCCGCACCACCCUUAUCUUUUACAAAGUAAAAGAUGCAGCUGUUUACAGAAUAUGGCUUUAAGUGGAAACAUUCAGAUUUCAGUUUUAACAAGGUGAAGCUUCACAAUGACUGGAUUGCAUAAAGUAUGCCUAUUUCCUCACAGUUGUACUAGGAUGCAGCUAAAAUGAAGUCAUCUCUGAAACUACUAACCUUUCACCUUCUUAUCUAAAUCUUUUUGAAUAGACACACACACUGUACAGUUCUAUUGUUAGAGAAACUAACUACUGUAGAGAUUGUUAUAAUUUUUUUGCAGAAAUUCAAGCUGUAAAAACUUUUCAACUUUCACAAUAUUUAAUUAAAGUUACUUCCUGUC